UCCCAUUCCUUGCAGGUUCCUCCAUCCCCAGUCCUGAGUUCUCAGAGAGGGAACCUUCUCACAUGCUCUCAGGUGCACCAUGACAGGCCUUGAGCACCAUGACACAGAGCUUCUGGUUUGUGCAUUGAGAGUAAUUCAGUCAUAAGAUACAUGUGCUUCAUUCUCUUUGAGCCUAUAGGGAGUUAGAACAGAAUCAAAUAUGCUUAGACACCCCAAACCUGUCAGUAUUGAAGAGGCUUCUGGGCAAUGCCCUAAAAAACAUUAUUGAAUUUGGUCAGCCCGAAAUUUGUCAGGCAGCUGGACUAGAUGAUCGUUUUAGGUCCUUUUCCACUGAAAUACAAUAGAAUAGACAACACAAUAGGCUAGAAUAGACAAACUAGAAUACAAUAGACAGAAUAGAAUGUACUGUUUCAAUUGGAAGGGACAUACAACAAUUCAGGGCUGACUCUCUUGGUAAAGAAAUGCUUCCUAAAGCAUUGGAGGUUGAAAAAAUGACAUGAAAUUAUGGGAAAACAUUUAUGACUAUUCUGGACUAAAGAUUUUUGUGAGGCACAGAGUGGUGGAAGGUCCAUCCCAAACAGGCUAUGGACUGAUCAGGAGAAGAAGCAAAUAAGCUGUGAUGGACUGGGAAAACAGAGGGCUGAGAUGGCUUGGAUUUGCUUGAGAUUGUGAAGCUCUGUUGGCUCUUAUCCUCGCUGCUCAGAUGAAAGACACAGGAAAGGAAGGAGGCAAUCCUGGCUGUUCCCCUGUGGUGCUGCUCUGGGAACGCUCCAUCAUGUUUCACAGCCCUGCCUCGGUGGUGGGCUCAACCCCAGCAUGUGGACCAUAGUUCUCCGGGUGGCACCACUGCAAAAGGAAAUUCCAUCAGGAUGCAAAGAAUGAGACCGAGACAUCAUUGCUCGAGAAAUGCAGCUGCCUUCACCACUGCUGCUGCACUGACCCUCCGUUUGCUGUAAGGGUGCAAAUUAAUCUGUGCCACCUCUGUGCCCUCUUCACCCAGCUGCCCGCCAUGCCAGAGCUGGCAGAGCUGAGCAGCCCCCGCACACCUGCAGAUGCAGACCACAUCCAGAGGAAUAUCUUGGAAGAGCAUGUGGAGCUCUGGUGGUUCCAGGACCCCAAGAAGUCCAUCCUGUGCUAUGGGAUGGCCGUGGUGCUGAUCCUGGCCUGCGGGAUUGGGGGCAUCAUCCUGCUGUACAGCACCAGCAGCCGGUCUGGAGAGUGGCGGCUCGCUGUGGGCACCACACUCUGCCUCCUGGCCCUGCUGGUGCUGCUGAAGCAGCUGCUGAGCUCUGCAAUCCAGGACAUGAACUGCAUCCGCAGCCGGGAUCAGAUCGAGCUCCUGAAGAGCGGAGGCUUCUCGGACUGCCUGGUGCUGCUGCUGAGCGCCCUGGUGCUGCUGGUCUGUGGGGUGGUGCUCACCAUCCUCUCCACCAACACCAUGCAGCUCAGCCCCGCACGGCCGCUGGCCAGCAUGUUCACCAGCGGGGUCAUCCUCCUGACUGCUGGCAGCGCCAUCCUCCUCUGCCUGCUGCUAUACCUGCUGUGCACCUCCUGCCGCCGGGCGGCUCCUCGGAGCCUGGAGACCGGCGAGAUCCGCGUCUUCACCAUCUCCGGCCGCCUCGCUGGAAACAGGCGGCUUCCCCCCACCUCCAGCAUGGCCAACCUGAUCUGACCCAGGACACCUCUGCCUGAGUCUUAGUGGAUACAGCCUGUCAGUGAUGGCCUUUCCCCAAGGAAGGGUGACGGCUGCAGUGUGCCCUGUGUUCCUGUUGGAGAUGACUGGCAUUUGCUUUGCUCCAGGCUGGUGGCACAGCACAGACUCGGGGCACCUGGAUGGGCUCUGACCUGGCUGGCAUUUUAUCUCCACAAAGCCUCCUGUGUCAGCUGCUGCCUGCCUGGCUGUGACCAUGUUACAGAGCGAAGGUGAGCCUGUCUUGUACCUCUGGGAACCCCAGUACUUGUUCGGUUCCUGCAGCUCCUGGAACGGUGUCAUACACUCUCCUGGCAGGAGAGGCUGUAAUUGUGGGUGGUAUAAAACCAACCUGUGCUCUGUACAGAGCCUCCAGCUCCUGAGUGAAGUAGAGCCUCUAGCAGCUGGUGAAUGGCAAGAGAUAUGUUGCAUGUCAGCAGGCACGAGGGAGCCUGGUGGGAGGUAUGGCUGCAGGGGCUGCUCCAAGAAAUCACUGAUGCCUGUGGGAGUGAGUGUGGGAUUUGCAUAGGACUGUGUGUGCCAGAGCCACAGCAUGGCUGGACCUCACAUGAAAUGCUUUUUGUGUUUGCAAUGCCAGUAUCUGUUCCAGUGUUACAUUUCUGCAGCCCACCAUCACCUGUGGUUUAUCAAAGGGGUGAUCAAGGGGUGUUGGUGUCAAGGCCCUGAUGGAUUAUCUGUGCUGGACUGAGUGUUGGGGCUCUGUUUUCAUGCCAGGAUGCUCCAACUGCAUGAGCCACAAACAGCAAGGUGCACUCGCUGUGGGAUGGUGAUGGAAUGUCCAAAUCCUGGGGCUGCCCUCUGCAAAAGCUGUGGUGUGAGGGGAGAGUGCUGUGCCCUCCCACAGGAGCUUCCCAGGCAGAGGCACCUCUGCUGCCAGGAGCCCUGCAGCUCAUCCCAGUCCCUGCUUGUUUCCAUGCUGUUUCUGUCUCCCAAGUGCUGCAGCUGCUGCAGGGCAGAAAAAUUCCUCUACUGUCACUUGGGCUUUAUCUGGAGCUUUUUUGACAUUUUAUCUCUACAAGGUGUCCUGUUUUAUCACCAAGGUGUCUCUACCAGAGGCAGACUAACAAUUCACCCCAGGAACUUUUCCUGUGACUUAAUGAGAAUUUUCUCAGGUAAAUUAGACUUUCCCACAUAGACUCACUAACUCUUUCACUGCCCUUUCCUCAGACACAGAUCCCAACCUCCUGCUGAAGAUGCUCCUGCAUGACUUUCUCCUCUUAGCUGCUUGGUCAGAGCAUGGUGCUAAUAACACCAGGGUCAUGGGUGUAAACCCCAUGUGGGCCAUUCUCUUAAGAGUUGGACUCUGUGAUCCUUCUGAACCCCUUCCAGCUCACUGUUCUGUGAUUCUUCAUCUUGUCAGCUCCCAUCUUUCCUUCACCUGAGUUGCUCUGCCCCAGAUGUUGGUUUUGCUCAUUAUUUGCCAAGGGUCCUCUGCCAUGGAACAAGACUGAGCUAUUGUUUUUUGGUGCCUGGUAGCAAAUUCAUUUGGAAGAGGAUGGUAGCUGAUUCCCUUGCUAACAGCACAAAUCACUGCCCAUGUUACACCUGGAGGCAGUGUCAGAGCUCACCAUCAGCUGGUCAGUGAGGGGUUCACCCCUUCACAGCUCCAGACCAACCAUUCCCAAUGCAGUGAAAUCUCAUGAAACCACAUUUGUAUUCACCUGCUCUUGCCCUGCUCCUGCUGACUUUCCUUUGCCUGAAGCCUUGGAUUGUUUUCCCCAAUGUACAGGUACAUCAUUUGAGCUUUUCUCUCUGUAUCUCUGUUAUUUCUACAUUUUCCUCUGCCACUUUCACAUCUUCUGUAGAUUUUAUUAAACUGCUGUUUCCUCUUCUCUCUGCAUCUCCUCCCUUAAUCUGCCCAGGGCUCAGAAGGUGGUGGUGAGCUCAGAUCCUCCUGUGCUAAAUCUCUUCAGAGCUGAGCUGUUCUUUCCCUCUGGGCUGUCUGGCCUCAGGUCCACCAAGGAACCCUGUGCUUACACAGGAGGGGACAGGUCAGAGCUGAAUGGUCUUGCACACCAUCACCGUUGCUGCUGCUCUGCAGGUCUGUGUCAGUGCAGGUGCAGUUAUGCCAGGCUGCACCCCUUCUGCCAGCGCCAGUGGUCCAGCAGUGACUGCCAGCUCCACCAGCCCGCACGUGCUGACAGGCCACAGCUGCCUGCACACCAGCUGUUUUGCACAUCUGGGCAUUUCUGUGAAGAGGUGUGACUGUGCCCAGCUCGCAGCUCCGUGCUGCCUGCAUGUCAAUGUGAAUCCUGUCCCCUCCACAGCCCCUUCAAGUCACAGUGCCUGUGACUUGUGCCAGAAAAGGGUGAUUGACUGUGGGCCACGACAGCAACCCAAGAAGAUAAUGGCUAAGAACAGGCUGUGCCUGAAGAUGGUGGCUGAGUGUCCAGCUGACCAGAGGGACAGCCUGUGCUGCCCAAUCACUGACUCCCCUCUGCAGCACAGGUGCUGGUUUGUUUCUUGGUUCCUGUGCUGUGUGUGGACAUACAUAAUAAAGUGUUAGAGAAGUUGA